AUGAUGAAGUGGUUCGAGUACGAAUCAGGACAAGCAUGGUGCGAAAGCGCCUACAAGUACCAGACACUAGCGAUGGUCGCCGAAUUCGCGAACACGAUGACGAACCUGCCGAUCGUCGUACUACCGAUGCUGAACGCUAUGAUGCUGCGCAACUACAUCCGAGAGGUGAAUCCCGGUCUUUUUAUGCCGCAGUUACUGCUGACCUUCAAUGGCCUUGCCUCCACCUACUAUCACGCCACGCUGAAUUUGUUCGGCCAGUUGGUCGACGAACUCUCAUUGGUGUGGAUCAUUAAUAUGUUUCUCGUUGUCCACAUACCAGUGAUGAAAUGGUUUCCGAAGAAAUUCAGCAAACGACUGACGAUGUUUCGACGAACCGUUGUUAUGUUGACGGCAUUGUUUUCUGGUCUCUGCUUUCUUGAACCAGCCCUGAACGCCGUCGCCUUGAUGCUGUUCUCCAUACCAGCCGCCAUCGUCAUUCAUUAUGAAGGCACUCACUCUGGAAUCCCCGAAAUCGAGAAUUUCCCACGCCGAAUACUCGGUCUAUGGUUCACUUCGUUCAUAUUUUGGUUUGCUGACCGUCUACUGUGUGACUUAUGGCUUUGGCUUGGUGCUCCUUAUUUUCAUGCACUUUUCCAUCUUGUGGCCGGAGUUGCGGGAUAUACAAUAUUUGUAAUGUUUUCCAUGAUCGAUAUCGAAGCAAGGAGUCCAUUUCACAGGUACACGGCAGCUGUACGAUAUUUUCCGGAUAAAAGUGGAUCGAUAUUAUCCUUUCCUUACAUUUCACUUCGUGAAAGGAGCGUCCAACAAUAG